AUGAAGAAAUUGAUGUCGAAAAAAAAGGUUGUUAAAGGUGACACUAUUGAAGUCACCCAUGGCUAUAGUGCUAUCAUGGAUAGUAUGGUUAUGGAAAAGAAAGAUGAUCCCAGAGCUUUCAUAAGUCCUUGUACAAUUGAAACACGCGUUUUUGAAAAACCCCUAUGCGACCUUGGUGCAAGGAUCAACCUCAAGCCCUUUUUUAUCUAUAAGAAGCUUGGUUUGAAUGCCCCUACCCCGACCUCUAUGCGACUUUUAAUGGAGGACCAGUCUAUUAAAAAGCCGGUGCAAAUUUUAUUUGAUGUCCUAGUUAAAGUGGAUAAGUUUGUACUUCUGGUAGACUUUGUGGUCUUGGACUGUGAAAUGGACCAAGAGGUACGUAUCAUCCUUGGUUGUCCAUUUUUAGCCACUGAAAGGGCCAUUGCCAACUUAGAAAUGGGGGAGAUAAAGUUUAGGGUGCAAAAAGAUGAGGCUACUUUCAAGGAUUGUAAGAGGAAGAAGAAAUCCAUGGAGCUUCAAGUUGUUUCUAUGGUGGAUGUUGAGAUUGAGAAGGUGAAAGAAGGCAGCCUUGAGGAACCACCUUGA